AUGGCAAACACAUCGUACAAUAAAUAUGCAAAUAUGACAAGUAAAGAAAAAGAUGAUUUAUGCGACCAUAAUCAUGAAAAAAUUCGAGAAUUGAUGACGUUAAGGGAUACAAAUGCUUCAAGCUCAAAUUUAAAUCAAAACAAACAGCAAGUUGGAACUAUAACACAAAACGAAGAAGGAAAUCAACAUUUUAAAAGACAGCUUACAUCAACAAGUCAAUAUGAAGAUGGUGAUUCGCAAGAUGAUGAUAAUAAUCCAUUUAUAUUUAUUACGAAAGGAAACAAAAGAAAACAAAGAAUCAAUGAAAGAAAUACAAUGGAUACUACAGAUAACAAUGAAUCUGAUAUUAUUAUUGAACAAAGCAAAAUAACAACAACAAAAACAAACAACAAUAACAGUUGUCUCUUUAUUAACAGUAGAAAUAAAACAAAUAACAGUUGCCAUUCAUAUAACAACAAAUGUUCGCAUAAUAUUAGUCAUCAUCACUAUUUGAGAGAACGUGAAAAUUAUAACAAUAACUCACCAAAGAAUGAUGAUUCAGACAUGAACCAUAGAAAUAUGUCAACAUUACGUCAUAAUCUAAAUAGAAAAGAUAAAAUAAAUGAUUAUGAAAAUAAUUAUUUACAAGAAAAAGAAAUUAAUAUUUCUCAACAUGCCCCAAAUUUUGCUGUCGAACAGCACCUUCCACCUAUUCAUGUUAAAUGUACACCAAAAUUAAUCGAUCACCAAAAUGGAAAAGAAAUUAUAAAAACUCUUUUCUCGUAUAUCGAAAAAGACUUCAAGAAACUAAACAAACAUUAUACUAAGCCAUUAGGUUUCGAAUAUUGGUUCAUCGAUAAAAGUGGAGAUUUAAUAUGCUUUACCAAACAUAUAGAACUCUUUAUAUACCUAUGUGAAACCAAAAACUACCCAACAAAAUUAAAUCAAACUGACAUUUUACCAUCGAAACCGAAACACCUACCAAGCCAAAACUCUUUAAUAUUGAAAUAUGCACCUGAAUACAUCAUUCUUGAUGAAAUUCAAAAUGAAAUUAAAUUACAUAUCAAUACUCUGUUUAACAUCGAAGAAAUAAAUGGAACUAAAACAGGAAAAUUUCGUCAUAUAAGAAUAGAAAUCAAAUCAACAACUGAAUACGAGCAACUAUUACAUAAAGGUGGAAUAAUAAUUGAUGGUCAGCUAAUUGAAGUACAUGAAUUUCUUGCACCACCUCGACUAUUAAUUUGUUCUAAAUGUAAUGAUCCUGGUCAUGUGAGAAAAUAUUGCAAUCUCAAAUAUGAUGCUUGUAGAAGAUGCGGACAAGACAAGUCAAUGGGUAAUCACAAUGAAUGCACCAUAUGCUGCCAUCGAUGUAAACAAAAUCACCUCUCAACUGAUUAUAAAUGUCAGUUUUUAAUAGAUUACAGACGUUCUCUUCUGCUUCAAUUAAAACAAAAACCUCACUUAUUACCUCCAAAUGUUCAACUGUUCAUUCCAACUGAAUGUCGUGAACGUGGUGACAAAAACAAUAAAAUUUUUCAAGUUCAACAACCAUUGUUUAACAUUAGCUCAAAUAUUUGGCCAUCACUGGAAAAACACCGAACUAAUCAUAUAAACUCAGCAACAGAAGAAUCAUUAUGGAAUAAAAUAAGAAAUAAACAAACGGAAAUUGAAAAAUUAAAAGAAGAAUUCAACAAUAAAAUGCAACAAUGCAAAAUUAGAUACGAGGAUAGCAUUAAAAAAGUUAAAUCAAUAUUAUAA